GUUAAACUUAUAGGUAAUAGCCAGUAGGCCGUAGCAUUGAUCAAUUUGAUCAUAAAUAAUAUAAUAUUCKACAGGUUAAACAUUUUAAAACGUUUUCGUUAUUAUUGUUUUGAUUUGGUUUUUUACGWACUGCAAUCAAAAUUGCUUUAAAAUAUAGUAAACAUUAAUAAUCAAUUGACAUGAUGUGUCUUACCAAUACAUCAUACAUUGUUAAUUGUACAUAUUAUGCAAUUUCGAACAGUGAUUUUGUGUUUUGGCAUUAGUAAAAUAAAAAAAUGAAUAAUUUUGAACACGAUAAUCCCGGCCUGAGCAUAUUUCAGGGCUCUGAUUUGGCCAGUAUUCAGGUGAACAAUAACUUCCAAGAUGACAAUGAAGAUCAUUUGGAUGUACAGAGACUUGAUCAAGAGCUAAAAAUAGAAUUGGAUGAAGUUUUUAAUGAAAGUGGAGCUAACAUGAGUGUUAUUAGUUCAAGCCAUUGUAGUGAUGCUUCUGAAGAAGAGCUUGAAAGUGAUGAAAGUCACUCUAGAUCUAUUCACAAACCAAAGAGAAAAAAAGGAUCAAUUCUUUCUAACCCAGCCUUUCAACAUUUGCAACAUUAUAUGAAUACAAACUUUCAACCUGAUUUCCAUAGAGAUGGCUCAUAUCCAUCACCCAUACCACAAUAUAAUCCCCAAGUUAAAAGUGAUAAAAAUAUCACUUCUAAUGAUGCUGCACAAAAUAUUAGCAAGCAGUAUGUUUAUGAAGGUAACAUGGUUUAA